ACGGACAUCGCCGACGGAGACCGCAAACACGGCGCGGAGCGUUCCCCUUUAAACACGGUCUUAUGACUACAGACUGCUUCAGGUCAGACGACCGGAGGACCGGAGCAGAGAGCAGAGACAGCCCGGGACUUGAGAGGAGUGGUUCAGUGACAGUGACUGACAGGGACAGGGACACACAGGACACAGUUCCUCUGCAGAGGCUGAAUGUUUGGAGGCAGUCUGAGAAAACAGCUGGAGUUACACGGAUACUACCUCACCUGUCUGCAGGUAGGACACACAGCUACACCUGUCACUGAGUCCAAGUGUCAAAGUUUGCCUCAAAGUCAAUUAAACUCAUCAGGGUUCACUUUUUCUGUCACAUCUUUGGUCAGUGAUGCAGUGCAGUAUGAAGGGAUGUUACACUUGGAUAAAUAUUGCUGAUAAACUCUCUAAAAGUGACUCAGUUUAAAUAAAAUAGCUGCAUAGAAAUAGUUAAAUUAAAAGAAAAAUACUUCAGUAUCAGUCAUGGAUCAAGCACACUUGUACAAAAGUAUAAUGUAUAAUGACUGAUAUUACACUUAGAUUACAAGUGUAAUCUAAAACAGCACAACUGUGUGCAAGAAUAUACAAACAUUUUAAAGCUUCCCUUAAACUGAGUAGUUAUUUGUAAUUUGUUUAUGUAUCCAUCAAGUUACCAAUGUGAUGGUGUAAGCUGAGUGCAACUGAGGUACUGUAUUGACAUGAACUACAAAGAUUCAAAGUUCAAGUGGCCUCUGAUUUUGUAAUGUAUUUUACCCCUCUGUACUAUCAUGUGUCUUUUGGAUGUCAGUUUUCUUAACAAUUUAUUAUGCCUGCACAUCACAGUUGGUGGUAAAAUAUUACAGAAUUACAAGGUCGACUGUGUUUGAAUAGUUCUGUCAAAUUUGACCUUUAUAUUAUGAGCCAAUUUCAAACUGCGAGCAUUUUGCCAAGUGUGAUCAUUUUUAGUAUUGUAGCAUAAUAUGUAUAAAACGUGUCCUGAUUGCUUACAGUAAAUAGAGCGCAGUUUUUUGGUUUGUAUGUGAGGGCGAACAUAUGUUAUAGUAAUAUGCUCUGUGUAUGUGGAGGGAGGCUUAGAUGAAUGGAAGGUUGCAGGAAUGUAGCUGUGAUGUUAACUAUUUUUUUAUCUGUUAAUCUUGUGAAUAAUGUCGUCUGAAUAGCUUGUGUGUCUGCCAGCCCAGACUGCAGACUGACAAAUCUAACUGAUCCACUGGUCCAAUGCAUCUGAUAAUAAUGUAGUUCACAUAUGAAAAAACUCUAGAAAUCACAAGUUCAUGUUUCCUCACUACAAUUGUUUGAAACGUUGAUUCUGAAAUGGAAUAGUCUUCAGUGACACUGCUGCUAAAGCUAGUUGAAAUAUUGCUUUUGCACAAUGGUGGACAAAGUAAAUAAAUUAAAAACUUGAGUCAAAUGUUAUUCCAUUAAUAGAGAAAGUUGCUCAAUUAGAUUAUUACUUGAGUUUUAGUUCAUAAGAAGGCCUACUUACUUUUAAAAUAUAUGAGUAUUCAAAUUUAUGGAAAAAAAAAGUCAAAAUGUAUUUUUAUAGUUUGCAUAAAUGCAGUCAGGAUAUUUAAAUUACUUUUAAAAAAGUGUUUUUAUUUUGCAUGAGUGUUGUCAAGAGUACACAGGCCUACUUUCUGCCAUGUUAAUAAACUUGGAAAACAUUAUAUAUACCUCUUAAACGCAACUGCUACAGAUAUUACUUUUCUAAAAUAACAGGACCGAUAACAGAAACAACCUAACCUGCAAUAAAAAUUGCAACUCAGUCACUACAGGCUUAGAUAACCAGGUAAAACAGUUGAUCUGGAAUAAAAAAAAGUCUAAGUACAUACCUUGACAUCUUAUUCAGGAUGGAUAAGUUAUGCAGGCUGUGGUGAAGUUUUUGUGCUGUAAACAGAUCAAACAUUUAAAUUAAUAAUGAUCAUUAUUAACUUCAAAAACACAGAUUUGGCAACACCACUUUGAGAAAACACAUGGACAGCUACAUGUUUCACAACCAGUUAAAAUACUCCUCACAGGAGCUUUAAUAUCAACAAGAAUAAAAUACAAACAGGUUGCCAUAUCUCUAAACUUAUGAUGGAAGUUAAGAGUUUUCCUCCAUAAAUAUUUUAAGUGACAGAGAGGAAGGAUAUUCUCUCCAUACAUCAUGUAAAUGUUUGCAAAACCCACUGAUGGAAUAAUAAAACUGAUGAUUUAAUGCUUUGACCUUUUUAACAUCACAUCUGAUGAGAUCAGCUGUUGUAAAUCAGCACAACAGACACAUUAAAAUUGUUGUUAUCAGUAACAUGUUCAUGUUUAAGGACUGUUUGUGUUUCUCUGAGAGUCAGUAGUUUCCUAUUAGCUGACCUCGUUGACCUCGUUGGGUUAUCCCCUCUCUUUCUUUUUGGGCUUACAGGAUUUAGUUUUUUGGGCCACCUCUUGCACCCUGAGGACACAUUUCCCCUCCUGCAGCUCUGAGGUCAUGUGUCGCCUGCCGCUGGCUUCACUCUUCGUUUGCUUCUGGUUGGUGGAGAAGAGCCAGUGUGACGGCAGCUUUCAGGACAGCAUGGGAGAGCUGCACACCAGGUUCGCUGUCAGUCUCUAUCACACGCUCACCGAGACAGAGAACAACUCCAACCUGAUCGUGUCGCCAGUGAGCGUCUCUCUGUCGCUGGGGUUGCUGCAGCUCGGUGCCAGGGGCAACACGCUGGCUCAGCUGGAGGGAACGCUCGGGUACAAUGUGAACGGUAGGAUUCAUCCCAAAUUUUUGAUGUAUUUAUUUAGCAUUAGCUGCUCCUCAUGCUGCGAGGGUGCUGUUGGUGGCCCUCAGUGCGGUUGGUACCAGGUGGUGUGGAGCGGUGCUGCUGCUGCUUCGGGCCCUGCAGAGCACAGUGGUGUCUGGAGCCAUAAUACCUGCCUCCACACCAACUCUAAUCUCAUUAACCACUCCUGCAGCUCGGCCUUGGGGUCGAGAGGUCACUGUGUUUCAUUACAAACAAAAUAAGAGAGGCAGCUGCUGUUUGUUUCAUAAUGUUACCUCAAAUAUCCAUCAGCAGAGGAGACUGAGGACAUGAAAUUAACUUCAUAUGAUACGUCAUCUUUCAUAUGAAAACCAUUUGCAUCAGCUUUAAAAGGAAAGCUUUGCAUUCAUUUCUAAGUUAUCAUGCAGCUGUCACCAGUUUUGAGCAAUGAAGCCGUUGUGAAAGUGUGAAAAACUGCAGUUCCUUGAGUGGCCACUUGAGGCAGGCUGCAAAAACACCAGAAACCACAUACACACUCAUUGUAACAAAGCCCAUCCUUGCAGCAAAAAUAAACAUGUUUAUAAGCUAGUACAAGGAAUGAUUUUGGUCUGAGGCACUCAUUUCUCUGUUGUUAAUUUGUGUGGAAGAUAUGAAGGUUAGGACGGAGUUUGGCAUAAUUAGAGACCAAGCUAACUUUACUGUCAGGAAGGCACAUUAGCUGUUAGCAUGUUGGCUAGUCUGGCCUGAACUCCACUGUUUUUGUGUUUUGCAAGGAGAACCAAAAGUUCAGUUUAGUCAGCAUUUCAAGUAGGCUACAAAACUCUGUUUCAGAAACCAGGGCGUGGCUUUAGGGGCAGAAACUAUGUCCAUGUUUUAUACAGUCUGUGGUCUUCUUUUUCUUAAUGACAGAGUGCAGCUAAGGUUGCAGCUCAGACAGAAUUCAGUAAAUUUGACAACAGUUUAUUUAAAUUCAUACUCCUAGAGUUUUUUAAAUCCUCUAAUUGGUUAACAGAGAGAAAAGAGGGCAAAAAAGUCUAAAAAAGGCUGAAGAGGUUAAAGAUACAAUAGUAGAGGGUAAAAGAAAGCCUGGAAAUCAAAAAUGACAGAUGAGGUCAGCACCAAAUAGAACAAGGAAUGGGUUACAGCUGCAUUGAAGGACUUUUAAAUGGAAACCAAAACGUCAUAGACUCUAAAAGUGAUGAGGCAGAAAACUCCAUCAGGAGUGGCACUGAUCCAUGUGGACCUGGUCGCCUCGUUUCACUUCACCAUCAAUGAAAAUGCUCAGUUUGAAGUAAGCAAUAAUAGACUGUGUAAAAUAAGGGGGAACUGUGCCAGUGAUAUCACCCGCUGGUUUCAAAGAGUUUUCAGGCUCAUGGUUGUCGUGGCACUCAACCAAUAUUAGGGCCGAUACCAUUACCAAUCAUUACCGGUUUAAGAGGCUGAUGACCAGUAUUAGAACCCAAUAUAUAUUUAGUGAAAAUUAAAAUCUUUCUGUCAAAAUUUAGAAUUCAACGUACUUAAAACUCCAACUCAUGACUUUGAAACUGGAACAUCCAACCACUUUUCUGUGCUUGACAGUGGCACCCAGGCUUUAGUGUUGAUUGGCCGUUACUCUUGUGACAUUUAUCCAGUCAGAUCGGGUUGCUGGCAGGAUAGCAGGAUAGAAUAGUGUUGCUGAACUACAAUACAAUAACCAAGAAUCAAAGAAACAAUAUUUGUCAUUUUUAUUUAUAUUUGUCUAUUUAUCAUUUUUAAAAUCAUGUUACUGUAAAACACAUUGAAGAGGAUGGCCUGUCCUGAAUGCAUGACACCACCUGGCCUCAUAAUACUAAUCCUAAUCCUUGCUGCCAUGUUUUAAAAAAUGACAGCACUGCUAUUUCUAAAUGAUAAAUAUCCUUAAUGAAUCAAUGACUUAGGUCAGUAAGAAGCAUAAAAGUGCAAAGGCAAAGAAAAUUCAAUAGUAAUAUAGUUUUUGCAGUAGAAAUCUGCUAAUCCUUAAUGUCCAGACAGCAGGAGACAGAAUAGAAAAAAAGCUUACACAUUAAAGAAAUCCGAGCAACAACUGACUGUUUCCAAUCGCCUCUGUGCUGUUGGUAAAGAAUCUGUCUCUGAUCCUGUUUGUACAAUUUUGUAUGAAAUUGAAAAGCUCCCCGUGCGCUGCAGUGCUCACCAGCCUGAAAAAAUCUGUUAGGCAGAGUUAAAUUAAAUCAAAUGAUUGUUUGUUUGUGCUCAGUCCUGCAGGGAAAUGUUGCAAAUUCACUAAAUUUGCGGCAAAAAUUAGCUUGGGGCUGCAGAGAGGAAUUCAUUUUAGCAAAGAUCCCUUUGUUAUAGAAAGUUUUUCUAGGUUGUGAAAUUAACCGUGUCUGAAUGUGCUGACAGCAAAGCAGAUGAUAGUUACAAAAACUGCCUCCAAACAACAUCCAAGAAAUAAACAGUUUGUUUUGUUAUUUUUUAUUUUCAAGAUAACACCGCUCAUUUCCUGCACAGUUUUCUCCUUUUAAAAGUCUUUUAAUAGCUUGUAACAUGCCUGACCCUUCCUGUGUUCUCACCGUGCAGACGCCCAAGUACACGACUUCCUGAUGCACUCGCAGAUUGAUGAGAGCAACACCAGCCAGGGGAUGUGGCUGCAGCAGACCUGCACAUUAUUCGUACAGAGCGGGGUCCAACUCCUCACGCAGUUCACACAACACGCAGCAGCCUGGGCCAACACCAGCGUGGUCAGAGCCAACUUCAGCCAGCCGACCAACAGCCGCAGCAGCCAGCCGGAGCGAGUGGGACACAACCACGGUGAGCAAGGUGAUUUUUACACAAUUAUAUACUCUACAUAUCAUUACACAGACUGGAUGAAAUAUGAAAUCAGUGUGAGUAAGUUCAGUAAAAAAAAAUUUGGAAGGUAGACUUUUUUUUUUUAGUGUCUUUUAGACAAGAGAAAAAGGUCCAAUUUGAGACAUGAUUGUGUAGUUUUUGAUGCAGCUGGACGUAACAGUGGGACAAACUGAAACAGACUGACUCUUCAGGCACCUGGAAACCUUAACUAGCAUAUUUGCACUGUGGUUUCAAAAGCAUUAUGGGUGUCAUCCCCUGUGAUUUCACCCUGUAGUUUGUUUAGUUUCACUACUCAUGUCAACUUGAUUUCACAAGCAGCAGCUUUUUCCAGUAAACAAACUAAUAAACCAGCUUUUAACUACCAGCCCAUGACUAAACAGAAAGGCUAAAUUAGCCUCAAGCUGAUGAACACAGCAGAGCAUUGAGAAACAGAAACAAGGAAUAGUUUUCAUUGCUGGGUGAAGUGGUUUCUCUGAUUUGACCUGCUAACAAGCAGGGAAGUCAGAUUAUUUUCCCACCCUAAAAAGUAAUUUUGUUUUGUAAUAUGUGUAUUUCCUGUGAUUAGAGAAAACUGAAAAAGUAACAUGUAAAGAGGAUGUACUCCUCCAUCUUUCUUAUCCAAGAAAUAAUCUUCUAGUGCUGUGAAUAGAUCCCAAACAUAGACUUCAAAUAAACAAUGAUGGCACAACAGCUCCCUCAAAGUGAAGCCAAAAUUUAAGCAUUAAGAGUCACAAACACUGACAUAGAUUGUGAUUAUUUUAUCGUAGUUUUUAAUGUUAGAAACCAGUAUGACAGGGUAGGUGUCAGCUUAUGAAACACCUUUGUUUUGACCUAAAAUAUUCACAAUAAAUGAUUCAUUUCACUCUGAAAAGUAAGCAGGAUGUGUUUUUUUUUUUUUUUUUUGUAAAAUCAUCUUAGACUGCUUUGUCCACAGGGGGCGCUAACAUUUAUACAAAUCACAAGUCCCUUACAGGAGCUUUGAGUUAAAUGUGUAUCUUGGUCAUUAGAAGUGGUGUAUUGUCACCAUCAGACAGAAAUAUGCCCUUGCCUCAAAAAUAUGUUACUCGUGCAACAUGUUGACCCUCAUCUAUUCAGUAUGUUGGCUUCAUUUGUCUUACAAUGGGAAGAGACGAAAGUAUGUGGUCCAUAUAUAUGUACAGCUAUUGAUCCCAUCUCCGUAACAUUCAUUAAUGCUAAAGAGAACUGUAAAGACUAACAGCUGCAUUUCAAGUAUCUCUACUCUCUAGUCUGUGCCUCUGAUGCUGAAAAAUACAAACCUUUUACAAAAAUAAUUACCUUCGCCCCUUCCUUGUUACCUCUCAGAUGAGAUGCUCAUCCAGUCAGGGAGCAGCAGCGGGGAGCUGUCAGGGUCAGGUGAGCCCCAGGUGGAGGCUCUGUGGUGGGGCAACCGACUGCAGAUGGCUCUGGUCAACAAGGUGUCGUUCAGGGGCGUCUGGCAAAAACAGUUCUUGUUCACCAACACGCAGAACCUGCCCUUUAUCCUCUCUGAUGGGACCGCCAUCAAGGUGCCCAUGAUGUACCAGGCGACAGAGGUCAGCUUCGGUAAGAAAAAAACAGCGAUUCAUCUAUUUAGACCUUCUUCUCUAGUCAAAUAUUCAGUUUAGUGCUGGAAUAAUUCUGCUAACAGUUGUAUCUUGUAAUAAAGUUAAUUUUUAUUAUAAAAACGAAAAAUUUGUGUCUUGUGCUGGUUUUUAACUCUUCUUUACAGACUAGCUUACCUGCACAGAGACAUAAAAUAUGAUGUUUAUAGUAUCAAAGCUACCACCUGCUGCUACAUAUCUGAUGACUUUGCUUUAAUCGUCAGGUCAGUUCAGGACGGCGUUGGAUCAGCGUUACACGGUGCUGGAGCUGCCAUACCUGGAUCGCUCCCUGAGCCUGCAGGUGAUCCUGCCCAGCGAGAGGAAGACGCCGCUGUCCUCCAUCGAGUCUCAGCUCACCGCUCGCCACCUAACCUCCUGGAACACCGGCCUGCGCAGAACCAAGAUGGACAUCUUCCUGCCCAGGUUAAGAUCAGGCACUCUGUGGGGAGAUUUUGAGGAUCAGACUUUGAGCGUAUUUUCAUUUUGAUUGACCCUGAAUAGAAAUGAUGUACAGACUAAUAUUAUGUUUUCUGUUAACAGAUUUAAAAUGCAGAACAAAUUCAACCUGAGGUCUGUGCUUCCUGCAAUGGGCAUUAGUGAUGCCUUUAACCCCUCGGCGGCAGAUUUCACUGGAAUAUCAGGUCAGUGAAAGAAGUGAAAUCUACCUCCUGCUGAGGUUGAUACUGUGGUUAUUCGAGCUCUGCUGGCAGCUGACUACAUAUUUUGUUUUUCCUGCAGUGGAGGAGAGUCUUUAUGUGUCUGAUGCUUUUCAUGAAGUGAGGAUAGAAGUGACUGAAGAUGGGACAAAGGCAGCUGCUGCUACAGGUGAGAAACACACUUCAAUUCGAUUAAAGGAUGAAUACUUAUGGCUUUGUUGGAAUGAAGCAAUCAAGAAUAAUUUCUUCCUUUUGCAGCUAUGGUGCUACUUAAACGAUCUCGUGCUCCGGUCUUCAAAGCGGACCGGCCGUUCUUAUUUCUACUACGACAAAUUAACACAGGUUAGUAUCGAAGUCAUACAUGCAUCAAACUGGCUCCUACAGAAAAAAACUUGUCUUCCUUUAAACAGCCAGAUUUAAAUAUUUACCACUAAAAAAGUCAAUAAAAGUGUCUCUGUGUCAUAUUGUAAAUGGCUUCUUCUAAAACUACCCCCUUGCACCUGUUAGUGAUUACAAAAUUACAAUAUAGGAGCUGUAAAUCUUCAUGCUAAUGCUCUUGUUUGCUUUUGUAAGUCAUAAAGAGGCCUCACUGGUCAUUUUUGUCAAUUUCACAACCAGCUAAAAACGCCUCACAGGGGCCUUAAAUGAACUUCUAAAAUGUUUUACAGCAAAUCUUAAGUGAAACUUUUUUUUUUCUUUUAAUCAAACUGUCAGCAAAACCUCAAAUACUUUAAUGAUUUUCACACCACAAAACAAUUAAGUGGAACCAACCACAGUCUGAGAUGCAGAAAAUAGCCAUCAUGUAAACUAACAUGCUUUAUGGUGAUGUUGGUUGCUGUAUUUUGUUUAGAUGAUUUUAACUUGAUUUUGGAGACCUCUAGUGGUGGUAUAAAAACUAACACGCUACAUCCACCCGUCUCUCACUCUUAAAUUCUAAUCUGUCUGCAGGGGAGGAGGCUGCAGCUUCACUCUAGUGCUCAUGGUUUUUGUGACUGUUUUGGUUGAAGGACGGGUCAAAGUUAAAGUUGCAAGAAUCUGAAAAUGAGACAUGCAGAUCUGAUCUGCAGCCUUUAGAUCUACAGACACAUACUACUCUCUAAAUUGGCUAAAUACAUCUCAGCACUGCAUUUUUAACCAUCUUUUCUCUGACAGGCUAAAAAAGGGAAAGAGGAUGUUGAAACCAUCUUCAUUUUUACUUUGUGCCUUUUACAUAUUUGCAUUUUCUGUUCCCCUUUUCAGGAUCCAUCUUGUUCAUGGGCCGAGUGAUGAACCCAGCGGACCAAGCAUCCUAAGACUCAAACACCCGACACCUCUCACACCCACACACACUUCUACCCCGACCCCUAUUUCAUUUCUGGUAUUUAUUUUGUGGACCAACAGGAGGGUCCGCGGACACUUCAGGAAGAGGGACAAUAUUUUUGUACAUGUCUGUAAAUAAAAUUUUAAUACAUGUUUUUACACUGA